UCUGUAUGUCCUGUACAUAUGGCAGCGUUGACAAUAAAGUUGACUUGACUUGACUACGGAAACUGAAUGAGAGUUACAGAAUUGAGAGUCUGAUAAAAGUAAACUAGGCCUUAAUUAACCAAGAAGUAAACAAACCUUUAAGGACUCACCUAACAACUCUUUAUAGUACAUAAAUAUACUAUUGUUGUUAGGAAUAUACGUUUUAAAAAGUAAUUGAUAUAAGGGGAAAACGUUUUACUCUGUAUGUGUAAAUGUACCCACAAAUAUAAAUAAACCAGAGUUCAUGUUACAUGUUUACUGUCUCUCUCUCUGUUUCACUUCUGUCUCCAACUUAUUGAACAAGUGCACGGUGAGAUAACAGGUCGUGGCUCACAGCGCCGCUCGGUGGCGUCAGAGGGGACUGCGUGAUGACGCUGUCACAGCGCGUUAGUUACGCCGCUCCCCGUUUCGACGUAAACACGUGCACUUCGCCGCUUCCAGGUUACAGUUUUUUUCAUUCCACCGUCAUCCUCGCGCUCUAGCAUCACUCCCUGACAACAGCAGCGAUGGCGGAGCCCGUAGCAUCGGAUGCGGCGGCCACAACGGACGCAGCAAUAGCGGCAUCAUCUCCCACCCCGGGCCUGUCUCCCGCAGUUAGCCCGGGCUCGGAGCCACCAUCCAUGGCUCUGUCACCCACGGCGGACGGCUCUCAGCGGCUGCUCUUCUCCCACGACCUGGUCUCCGGGCGGUAUCGCGGCUCAGUCCGGUUUGGCCUCGUACGGAUGAUCCACGGCGAGGAAGAUUUUAACUCAGACUCGGACCUCGAUGAUGGCGGAGGGAGAGGCGGCGGCGGUGGCGGUGGAGGAGGUGGUGGAGGUGGAGGAGGAGGAGCAGGAGGACGGGUCCCGGGUGGUUCGGACACUGAGAGCGCUGUGGACACCCCGAGUCGGCCUCUCAUUAGGGGAUUUGUCCGCGUCCAGUGGUACCCUGAAGGAGGAAAGCAGGACAUCAGGGAGACAAAGCUGAAACUUGAAGAUCGAUCCAUCGUCAUUAGAGACAUCGUACGACGAAACAAUUCUAAUGACAACCAGUGUGGUAUUGUGACCAACAUUGACAUCAGGUGUGCUGUAAAAUUAGUGGGAACAAACUGUGUUCUGUAUCCAGUUAACAGCAAAGACCUGCAGCACAUCUGGUCUUUUAUGUAUGGCGACUACAUUGCCUACGACUUCUGGCUGGGGAAAGUGUACGACCUGACUAAUCACAUUAUCCUCAAGCUUUCCAAUGGAGCCAGGUGCUCCAUGAGUGUGGAGGACGGUGCCAAGCUUUACGACGUCUGUCCACAUGUCAGUGAUUCGGGUCUGUUCUUUGACGAGGCCUACGGUUUCUACCCAGGCCAGGUCCUGAUCGGCCCGGCCAAAGUCUUCUCUAAUGUACAGUGGCUGUCAGGGGUCAAACCUGUCCUUAGCAGGAAGUGCAAGUUCAGGGUCGUGGUAGAAGAGGUAAAAGUGGUCGAAUUGAAGGUGACGUGGAUCACCAAGAGCUACUCUCCCAAAGGUUCUGACAGCGUCUACCCUCCUCCCUCCACCAUCACACAGGAGAAUCUCUGCAGGGUGAGGCGUCUAGGAUACUAUGACCACACCCAGAGGCAGCUGGGAGAGAGGGCCCUGUAUGUGUUCCCCGCUAAGGGGGACGCCACACGAAUCACAUGUGAAGGACCCGAGGGUGCACCUGUCCUGCCUGAAGACCCCGUGGCCAGAAAGUUGAAAAGGAUGUUCAAGAAGGAUUCAGGGAAGAAGAUGGAGAACGCCGACACACAAGGCGAGCACAAAUCAGAGCAGACAGACUCGUCUCAUCCCAACAACAACGGCCCUGUGGUCCCCAUCCAGAACCCUGCGGACCCCCAGAACGCCAACGACAACUUGGCUGAACAUGGCGAGCAGGAUGCUGACGACGAGGCUGCAGAAGACACAGAUGAUACCAGCUCUCUGACAUCAUCGGCCAGCUCCACAGCCUCCUCUCAAAGCGGCGGUCUCGGAACGAAUCGGAAGAAGAGCAUCCCGCUCUCCAUCCGUAACUUGAAGAGGAAGCAUAAGAAGAAGAGGACCAAGUUUUCCCGCGAGUUCAAGCCUGGAGACCGGGUUGCGGUGGAAGUCGUAUCCACAAUCACCACGGCUGAUGUUAUGUGGAAGGACGGGCGUGUGGAGAAGGGGAUCAGAUCAAAUGACCUUAUCCCCAUCCAGCACCUUGACAGCCAUGAGUUUUGUCCUGGGGACUUUGUAGUAGACAAACGGCCCCAAGCCCUCCAGGACCCAGGAGUGUAUGGUGUGAUCCAGUCUGGUGAUCACAAGGGCAGAACAUGUGUCGUUAAGUGGAUCAAACUCAACUCCUCCAGUGACGAUGUGGAGGUUCUCGGUAUGGAGGAGGACGUCAGCGUGUACGACAUCGCGGAUCACCCAGAUUUCCACUUCCGCACCACUGACAUUGUAAUCAGAAUAUGGAACUCAGAGAACGGACAGAACGACUGCGAAAAUGAGACGUCAGUUGGCCAAGUGUCCAGGGUGGAUGUGAGCAGCAAAGUGGAGGUGGUGUGGGCGGAUAACUCCAUGACUAUCGUACUGCCACAGCAUCUCUACAAUGUGGAGUCUGAGAUCGAGGAGACAGACUACGACUCGGUGGAGGAGACGAGUAGCGUCCUGUCCACUGAGGAGUGGGAGGACGAGAGCGACAGCUGGGAGACGGAUAACGGCCUCACCACUGAGGACGACAGCCACGUCAACAAUUCAGAUAUCAUCGACACAGCGACCCCGACCCCCACGCCCACAAGCUCCACGACAUUCAUCAUCCCUCCUCAAGAGGGCAGCAAAGCUGGGGUCACAAGCCCCACCAAAGGAGUCCCUGGAGAGGAGGGAGAGGCGUCUGUGGCUGUGGCUAGUCCUGCUUCUGGUGGAGUAACCUCUCCAGGGGCAGUCAAUGGAGCGGAGAAGCCCAGUAAAGAUGGUGCCUCUCGGGGCUUCAGGGAGUUGAAAGAGGCCUUGAAGAUCCUGGAGAGCCUUAAAAACAUGACUGUGGAGCAGCUCUGGACAGGGGGUUCUCCAACCUCUCCGACCUCUGCCGAACCUGCUUCUACAACUCAUUUAGUGACUUCGGUGACGCCCACAGUGCCAGAGAAACCGACAAAGGAGAAACGCUUCCUGGAUGACAUCAAGAAGCUGCAGGAGAACCUGAGGAAGACGCUGGAUAAUGUCGCCAUCGUGGAGGAGGAGAAAAUGGAGGCUGUGGUGGAGGCAGGCGGGAGUGGAGGAGCAGGGACAGAGGUAGAGAGAGCUGGAGAGGAAAAGCCCCAGCAGGAGCCACAGACACCAGUGGGUGGACAAGAAUGGCCCAGCGAGUUUCUCAGUGACACACCAGUACUGUGCCAACAAAGUGGCGGCAAGCCUGGCGUCACCUUUACCAGUGCCAAGGGCGAGGUGUUCUCUGUGCUGGAGUGGGCACCAGACACACACUCAUUUAAGAAAAUGGAGUUUCAGCCAGCUGAGGCAAAAAAGUUCUUCAGCACAGUGAGAAAGGAAAUGGCUCUACUAGCAACGUCACUGCCUGACGGCAUCAUGGUCAAAACAUUUGAAGAUCGCAUGGACUUGUUCUCAGCUCUGAUCAAAGGGCCGACUCGUACGCCUUACGAGGACGGUCUGUUCCUGUUUGACAUCCAGCUGCCAAACAUUUACCCGGCUGUGCCGCCUCUGUUUCGCUACCUGUCCCAGUGCAGCGGUCGUCUCAAUCCCAACCUGUACGACAACGGCAAGGUGUGCGUCAGUCUGCUGGGAACCUGGAUUGGAAAGGGCACUGAGAGAUGGACCAGCAAGUCCAGUCUGCUGCAAGUCCUCAUCUCCAUACAAGGCCUUAUCCUCGUCAAUGAACCUUACUAUAACGAGGCUGGCUUUGACAGCGACCGAGGCCUGCAGGAAGGAUAUGAGAACAGCCGCUGCUACAAUGAGAUGGCCCUGAUCAAGAUGGUCCAGUCUAUGACGCAGCUCCUCCAGAAUCCCGUGGAGGUCUUCAAACAGGAGAUCCAGGAGCACUUUGCCUCCAACGGUUGGCGGCUCGUCCACCGCCUGGAUGUGUGGCUGGAGCUGCACGACGCCGCUGAGAGGGGUCAGGCAGCACACAUGUCCUCCAGGGCUCAACACUCAAAAGACCGAGCCUCAUCUGUUGAGCCUCUGGACGAGCAGCUGCCCCUGGGAUCAGGACCUGUGGUGGUGGCCCACAGCAGCCCCAGUAAGCCUGGCGAGGAGGGGGUCACAGGAGCAGGAGUUACCAGUAUUAUGGAGGAGGAGCUGGAGGAUUCAGGGCUGAGUCCCUCCACCACAGCAGCCUCUCAGCAGGAGCUGAGCCAGAAUUCAGACUGCGACAGCACCCAGGGAAACGCCUCUUUGGGUGCAGAAAACAGGGGUGGCUCUGUAGUUCGCGGUGGGAUGUCAGAAGGAGGUUCAGCCACAGUUAGCGGAGGAGGGGUGGGCUCCACAGGAAGCCAGCCAGUGGUGCGACCAAAGAAACGGAGAAAGAGCUACAGGAGUUUCCUCCCAGAGGGCAGCGGCUACCCGGACAUCGGCUUUCCACUCUUCCCACUCUCUAAAGGGUUUGUGAAGAGCGUUCGAGGUGUGCUUCUGCAGUACCGAGCUGCGCUGGCCGCCGCUGGCAUCACUGAGCACAUAGAGGACAAGUAAGUGCCUCCUCACCAUUCCCCGACACACCUCUGCACUGUUCCCUGCUCUUUUCCUCCUCCUUCUCUUCUACCUUUUCAUCCGCCUCAAGCUGUAGAGGAGGAUCCAUUACUUGUCUGGGGGGACCACAAUUUUCAAUCUUCUGUACCCCUGUCCAGAGCUGCACUGUGCCCCCAGCACUGCCCACAUUUUUGUCCUUUAUCUCCUUAGUCUGUACUGCUCCUGCUGCCCCAAACUCCACAUUAUUCUGCCUUCUUUUUCUGUUCGCCAUAACCCUUCUCGAUCAAACCACGAGCGCGGGAGAACAGCACCUUUUUUGAUCAGGAGAAGUGAGCAAGUUCUGGUUUGGAUGCGACUUCAUAAUGUUUUUGUUCUCCCUCAGUGUCUCUGCAGAUGAGUGUGAUGAAUAAAGAGGGGUGGACCUCACAUGUGCAGUUACACAAACCAAUGGGGAGCUACUCCGUCACAUAAGAACCCUCAUCUGUUCAUGGACACAGGUAAACACAUGGAGGUUUUUACUGGAGGCAGGCAGAGUUUCAUUUUUGACCUCAGCAGGAUUUCAUUGGAGGCGGUGUGGAUGCAAAAAGGACCGAAUGAGAUGAAAAAUCAGUGCCAUGAUCCCUCUUCCAACCCCCAUCAUCCACUUCCACCUCCAGCGACACACACCUUCUGGGUGGGGAUUUGCUGGAUAACCACUCUGCCGUCUCAAUCAGCCUGGAAAAUGAAGACUUAAUGAUCACCGCUGCAUUUUGGGACAAGGUCAAAGAUGGCUGGGUCCAAAUGGGGAAAAACUGCAAAGCCCAGCUCUCCUGGCUGUUGGGUCAGCUGCGGCUAUCUGUAGCACUAUUAAUAUUAUCGCUGUACCAUCCUGCACUACAACAAACGAAUGGACAAUCUGGUCUGGGAGAGUUGACACCGUAUAAACACACUGACCAGUAGGAUUCUUUUUAAAUAGAAAUCUCUGGUUGAACGCUUUCUGCCAAAUUCUCUCUGUCCACAAACACACAAAUAUUUAAGUAGAACAUACUGAAUGUCAGUAAAACUGCCAACCCACAACAGCUUUGCCACUUCUUCCACUACACUUGCUGGUAUUUUCCUUCGCCAACAACUCGCACUGAACCACGCGGCAAACAUCGAGUGACAAAGUUUACGUACGAAUCACCUCUGGAGGUCAGACUGCUGUAGCCAUUUUGGUGCGUAGAGAAGCCAGCCAGGCACAGGACGACAGUUAGGUGGCUCUAUGUGAAGGUGUGUGUGCUCUAGUCAAAGCUUAACACAGCUACCACCUCGACAUACAAAAGUUCACUCACUUUCUGUAGAAUUUAGCAAAGAUUUUCACCAAAGUGAAACUUUGUGCUUUGGUGUUUUUGAUGAGGUCGUUUUACUCAUGGAGGCUGAACUGUUUUAGAGUGGAGCUUUACCCACAAUGCUUCACCUUUUUUUUUUCUGUGGUGGAGGUGAACCCACAUCACUGCAAACGACACAAUUUAAAUAAUAAACACAAUUUAAAAAAAAAAAAAAAAAAAAAAUACAGCAUCCAUUCCGUCAUCUCAUGUCAACGUUGCCUUACUUGAAUUGUUCUUAAUGAUCUCAGACCAUUGUGUACAGAGCUGCUUGUGUCAUGCUUUAGACAUUAAUCUCUACAGACUUAGACACACACUAAAAACCACUAAAACCCUGUUCCAGUGUUUUCCUGCUUUGAUAGUGCAGAUCUCUGAUCGGUUUCCCCCUUUAUCGGUUCUUAAUCAUGAAUCUCUCGCUGUAAUCUGUUUUCUCUCCAAAUUGCACGUGCAGAGUUUAAUAACAUCAGAAUACAAACCACACUAAGUGUGACACUGAAGGUUUGUUGGUAUAAUUAUUGAGAUUGAUUAUUAUUUUCUGUCAUUCCAUGUUUUUCCUGUCUUAUCCCCGCGAAGGCAACCGCUGACCCCGCUGAUGAGAGAAAAUUACAGCACAAAAGAUUUAGCUGAUACGACUGUUGUCUGUGAUCUUCUUUUCUUUCCCUGCAUGGGAUAUAUAUUCAGUGUGGAUGAAAAGAAAUCAAGGUUCCAUUUACCAAGUUACCAUGAAACUCUUUGCUUUGUGCUGUAAUUAACUGUGAAAGAAAGUUUUAAAAAAAAUCACCUUUGGGUCCACUCGUGCUUCCUGGGGAAAAUCAGAGCAGUGUUUGUUUACAUCUUUUUAAAUAACUGCAUCCCACAUCAGACAUAAUGUUCUUUUAUUCUUUAAGAUAUUAUGAAUCUCAUUGUAAUAAAUAUUAUUAUGAUAAUAACACAGGUCAGACAACCCCCCCUCUCCCUUGUGCUUUGCUAUAACCCGUGAAUAAACAAAGAGAGCUUUGGCUGUCUGGUAUUUUACUUGAACAAAGAACUUUGAUGCUGACGAAUGAAACUAUGAGUGAUGAUGGGAGAGGAUAGAAACCAUGAGCCAAGAGUUGCUGCGUUUUAAAGAGACUUAAUAAUAAAAAUGAAGGUCCUGAAUGAGGGUAUUUUGUUUUGCUUUGUCUUCCAUCCCCCCCACAACUCUUAAAACUGGCAUUCCUGUACCAGAUGUGGCAAUCAGGCAUCCAUGAUAUUUUGUCCUCGUCCUGGAUUUUACGUCAUCGUUAUUUCUCUGCCUUUAACGCCACAGAGGAGGAAGUAUAGUCUUCUUUGCUGGCUGCUGCAGCUGUAGCAUGUAGCCUUUUUUGCUUUCUUCCCCCUAUUUUUUAUUUUUCCUCCACAUGCUGCUGUUUUGUAAGAUGUCACCUUCACAAUUCUUGUGUUUUGAAAUGGUCAGAGCUCCGUCUGGAUGGUUGCAGAGUUUUGGAAAGCCUCACGAAGAGUUUGUGAGGUGACAUUAUUGCUCCAUAUUUCUCAUUUGUCAACAGUCGCAGAAACAGAAAAUGUGAAGCUAUCUCGCUAGAUAAAUCUGGCAGGAUAUCAAGCACACGAUGCUAUGUACAAUUUUCUGUGUAUGUGUGUAUAUUCAGAUUUAAACCAUUAUUAUUAUGAUUAUGAUGAUGAUUAUUAUUAUUGCGAGAAGUUUGUUUUACAGCCAAAGCAUGUAACAUGUUGCUUUAAGCCUUUUGAAUGGGCUACACACAAGACUUGACUGUACGAUGUCUACAUUUCCACAGUGGCCUGUUAUUGAUAUAUUAAAAAAAAACAAAAAAAAACUAAUAAAGUUAUGAUUUGUAGCCUGAUUCCCUCUGUACAGAUGUCAUGACUAUAUUGAAAUAUGAAAAUACAUACAGUAUAUAUUUAACACAAACUUGACUUCUAACAAGUCACGUGGAUGCUUGCGGCAUAAAUGUACAAACUGCUGAGUGUGUUCUUGUACUUUCAUUUUUUCAUUUUUUAAUGGUUAAUUUUUGUUGCGUUAAGACAACUGUAUAGUGAUGUAUUAAACUUUGCAAGCAGUACCAUAGUAA